GUUCCAAAAUAAAAGAAAUGCUCUAUUAAUUAUUAUAUGCUUCUUCGAAAUAAAUUAAUUUAAAAUGAACUGAAAUAAACCCCAAACAUGUUCGACGAAAUGACUCAAAGAAAGAUCUCAACGAAACGCCCAAAUCUCCCCGGAAAAUCCAACCAGAUCCACACCCGCGGCGGAGAAUCGCACUAGUUUCCGACGGGAAAUCGGGGAGGGGAGAAAUCCAUCGAUGCCGUUCAACAGCAGGGUUCUGGUCUCGGUGGCGGCGGCCUCCGCCGAGGUCUGGCAGCGGAUCGCGUGCCUGCCGGACCACAUCCCCGGCGACCAGCUCCUAGAUCUGGUCAUCUGCUUCCCCGCCCGUCAGCUCGGCCGCCUGGCCGCGUGCGUAUGGGAUUUCCUCUGCUUCUCUCCCGCCCAGUACUACGAUCAUCCUUUCCAGUCCAGCUCCUCCGACGAUGACGACGAGUACGGCGAUCCUUACAACGGAAUAGAGUACUACAGCGACGCCGGCGCCGGAUCUUCGAGUUCCGAUUGAGUUUUCCCGAUCAAUUUGCGGCAGGGUGGAUUAUUCUGUAUACUACUCCGUAUUAACUAAUCUUUUCUAUCUUAUCUUUUUUUUUCUCAGUUUCAUUUGGAUUAUUUCUGUAUUUUUUUUCUUGUGGAAUUAUUAAAGAUAAUAUAUUUAGGUUGAAAUU